AAACCAGCACAGAAACAAUAAUAUUCUCGAUAUAUCACCAAUGACUUAACCGUUAUACGACACUCUUAACCGUGUAUGAUUAACGAAUUUUAUAUUGGCAAAAAAAAAAUUAUAAUCCUAUCAACGAUUACAAACGGCGGCUUUGAUCGAAAAGGCGUGGUUGUUUUUUUAUAUAAAACGAUUUAGAUUAUUUGAUAACUGAUCAGCGAGUACUUUCCGAACCUAUAUAUAUAAUACAGAAGACUUUGGAUUUUACUCCAUUAGUUUUGAACAGUGACUUUUUGUCCGUAUUUUGGUGUAACUACUUUGAUGUAUACUUUAUGCAAAUUACAAUGAAUUUCAUCAUCAGUUUGAGUGUUUUAGUGAACAUUUUGGCGUUGUUAAACAACACAGUUUCACGAUCUCCGACUCCACCGUUAUAUCCAAUGCUACCGCCGCUGAUAUCAUAUUUUAUGCAACCAUUACUACCAAAUCAUAUGCCACCAUCUCCACCUCAUUCUAUGCGACGUCCUCUACCAAGACCUACACUACCAUUUCCACGAAAGACUACACCAUCCACUCCGCCAUCACCUAGACCAUCAUCUCCACGAUAUUCAACAACAACUUCUCCUUCGAGUACCAUCUAUCAUACACCAUCAUCUCCAUCAUCACCUAGACCAUCAUCUCCACGAUAUUCAACAACACGGUUUCCAUCAAGUACCAUAUAUCAUACACCAUCAUCUCCAUCAUCACCUAGACCAUCAUCUCCACAUUAUUCAACAACAACAACAUCUCCAUCAAGCACCAACAAUUCCAUCAUCUCCAUCAAGCACCAUCAUACACCUGAAGAAUACAAGUUAACAUUUUGGUGUUGAUAAACAACACGGUUUCACAACUUCCGUCACCGACUUAUCCAAUGCUGCCGACGCCAAUAUCGUAUUUUAUGCAAACAUUACCACCAAAUUCUAAGUCACGACCUCCACGAUCGCCACCAACACCACCAUCUUCACCACCAAUUCCACCACCAUCUCCAUCAUCGCCUAUACCUUCAACUCUUCGAUAUUCGACAACAGUGGCGGCUCGUGGAUAUGUGCAUGGCCGCACCCCCUACGGAAAUAACGAAAUAUUAGACAUAGUAUAAUUGAUUUGAUAUUUUAUGUUAAGGUUAGGUUAGAUUAGGUUUAUAUAGUUUAUUAUAGAAGUUAAUUAUUAACAUUUUUAGGAAGUAAGGUAAGAAAUUGCAGGUAA